UCUUUCUCUUUCUCUUUCUCCCAUCACUGUGAUCAGAUUCAUCUACCAAACACACACCACGAUCUCAGUUCUAUUGCCAACCAACCAACGAUACUUGAGACUUGUGACUUGAGAGAGAAGAAGCAUCAUAGAUCGGCCAUGGCUUCCUCAAAAGAACGUGAUAACCUCGUCUACAUAGCCAAGCUUGCUGAACAAGCCGAGCGCUACGAUGAAAUGGUGGAUGCAAUGAAGAACAUUGCCAAGCUAGAUUUGGAAUUAACUAUUGAGGAGAGAAAUUUGCUAUCCGUAGGAUACAAGAACGUGGUUGGAUCUCGGAGAGCUUCCUGGCGUAUUCUUUCUUCGAUCGAGCAGAAGGAGGAAGCAAAAGGCAACGAGAUCAAUGCCAAACGGAUCAAGGAAUACAGGCACAAAGUAGAAUCAGAACUUUCCAACAUUUGCAGUGAUAUCAUGAUUGUCAUCGAUGAGCAUCUGAUUCCUUCCUGUAGCACUGGUGAAUCAUCAGUCUUCUUCUAUAAGAUGAAAGGCGACUACUACCGCUAUUUGGCCGAGUUUAAGGUUGGCGAGGAUAAGAAAGAGGCUGGUGAUAAGUCACUCCAGGCAUAUCAGUCUGCUACCACAGCAGCCGAGUCUGAUCUGUCUCCUACUCAUCCUAUACGAUUGGGUUUGGCUUUGAAUUUCUCUGUUUUCUACUAUGAGAUCAUGAAUUCUCCUGAAAGAGCCUGUCACCUGGCAAAACAAGCUUUUGAUGAAGCUAUUGCUGAAUUGGAUACUCUGAGCGAGGAAUCUUACAAAGAUAGUACACUAAUCAUGCAACUCUUGCGAGAUAAUCUUACGCUAUGGAACUCCGACAUCACAGAGGAUGGAGAAGAAGGGCACAAGGGUAAUGGCAACUCUAAACCAGAUGAAGAAGAUUAAUAGAAGUGAUGAAAGCAAACGCCUGCAGGUCUGUCUUUUCCUUAUUCUGAGGAGGAACUUCCAAUUCGUGUAAAAUUUGUUUUCCAUUUCGAUCAAACUAUUUUAAUCACGGUCACUGUGACAUUUAUCUCGGACCUUGAUAUUGGCCAAAUACAAUAUUAUGAUUUAUGUUUAACAUUCCCCAUCAUUUGUGUUUCCUUUAAUUUAAUUAGAGGCUAAUAAAGCUCAACUUUUAGGUUUGAACUGAUAUUCGAGGGGUUUCUUUUGUGUGCCUUGUUGUGUAAAGACUACAUAAUCUUUUAAUAACUGUUUGUUUCUUAUAAAAUUAUGAUUAUAUUAUUUC